GAUGUCAUUUCCCCACUUUCUCGAAUUAUCAUCAACUCACUCGCUGCUCGUCUUCCUUUCUUCAGUUCGCUGAAUCAGAUGGCUUUUGCUCAUUGUUUGGUUGCAGUUCCGGUCGAAACUUCAAAGCACUCCAAACCUUCAAUUCUCACUUGUUCUUCGAAUGAGUCUCUGUCUUCUUUAGCUUUCACUUCUUCUUCUUCCUUUUCUCUCUCGUCUAAAGCCCGAAAUCUCUCUUUCCGUCCCAGAAAUCACAGAAUCAGACCCAAAGCAAACGCUGAGCCUCAAGAAUCUGAAGUCAAUAUAGCAGCUGAUGCAUUUACUCAUUUCAAGCAUCUGCUUCUGCCAAUAACAGACGGAAAUCCUUAUCUCUCGGAAGGAACAAGACAGGCGGCUACAACUACUGCUGCUUUGGCAAAGAAGUAUGGAGCUGACAUCACUGUUGUAGUUAUUGAUGACAAGCAGAAAGAGGCGUUGCCAGAGCAUGAAACUCAGCUGUCUAGCAUUCGCUGGCAUCUCUCUGAAGCUUUCUGACUAGGUGCUUACUGAUGUGAAAAACAACAGGAGGAUUUCAGGAAUUCAAGUUGUUGGAGCGACUUGGGGAAGGAAGCAAGCCUACUGCUAUCAUUGGUGAAGUUGCUGAUGACCUAAAUUUGGAUCUAGUGGUCAUGAGCAUGGAAGCCAUCCAUUCCAAACAUGUAGAUGCAAAUCUACUGGCUGAGUUCAUCCCAUGCCCUGUCCUACUUUUACCAUUGUAAGAUUCACUGCUUUUAAGAUUGAACACAACUGUGUUGCUUGCAAAUGCCAGUUUUCUCCUAGGCUUUUGUGAUCUCCACUUAAUUUGCUUAUUGAUGAUACUAGUCAGAUUAAUCUUUAGCAUAAUUUGAAGUUAUGAAACAAGGAGAAGUGCCAGAUUGAUGAUAAGGUUAAA